AUGUCAUAUACUUUGGGAAUCAAGAGCAAAUUUUUUGACAAGCUUCGACGACUUCUCGCCGUGAAUCCUGAUGCGAACAGUGGUAUUCCAUUAACUGGAACUUAUCGUGUACCGUCUCCUGGUUCCCAGCCACCAACAUACAAACAUGCAAAAACGAAACAUUCAGAUUUAGCGCAAAAUUAUUAUUACACUCGCGAUACCAGACGGAACUACCCUCGGACAGAAUUUUAUACUCAAAAUGACAUUGCUGGUUUGAUUGCGGCAACAAACCUUAAAAGCAUUGCGAGCGGUAAAGAGGGUGAAUCAACACAGAUAGCCACAUUACCAGAGAAGCUUUCAAUAACAGAAAUCAUAGCCUCAUCACCCGAGGCUUUCUAUUCUGAAAAUAAAUUGCCACCUGUUCCAGGUAAAUCCAGGCAUAAUUGGAAACAGUCGCCAGAACAAGAGAAAGCAGAUCCAGACGUGUAUUGGCCGAUGAGACUAGUCUCAUGA